AUGGGAUCUAUAGGGCAAUCUUCCCUUCCGGCCGACUUUGUUUGGGGCUUUGCCACCGCGGCCUACCAAAUCGAGGGCGCCGUGACUGAGGAUGGACGGGGUCCUUCUAUCUGGGAUACUUUUUGCAAGGUUCCUGGCAAGAUCGCUGGUGGCGGAUCUGGCGAGAUCGCGUGCGACUCGUACCAUCGUACUCAUGAGGACAUUGAAUUGUUGAAGACAUGCGGUGCUAAGGCAUACCGGUUCUCUCUAUCAUGGUCCCGCCUUAUUCCCCUCGGCGGCCGCAAUGACCCCGUCAACGAGAAGGGCCUACAAUUCUACGUGAAAUUCGUCGAUGACCUUAUUGCAGCGGGUAUCAUCCCGAUGGUGACACUCUUCCAUUGGGAUCUUCCGGAUGAGUUGAACAAGCGCUAUGGAGGGUUCUUGAACAAGGAGGAGUUCGUUGCGGACUUUGCCAACUAUGCCCGUCUGGUUUUCAAGACCUUCGGUUCCAAGGUCAAGCACUGGAUCACAUUCAAUGAGCCCUGGUGUAGCUCUGUACUUGGAUACAAUACGGGUUCCUUUGCCCCCGGACACACUAGUGAUCGCAACAAGAGCGCCGUAGGUGACGGAUCGACUGAGCCGUGGAUUGUGGGUCAUAGCCUUCUCGUCGCGCACGGUGCAGCAGUCAAGAUCUACCGUGAUGAGUUCAAGGCACAAGACGGUGGCGAGAUCGGUAUCACAUUGAACGGUGACUGGGCUGAGCCUUGGGACCCCGAGAACCCCGCUGACGUGGAAGCCUGCGAUCGCAAAAUCGAGUUUGCCAUCUCAUGGUUUGCCGACCCUAUCUAUCAUGGCAAAUACCCAGACAGCAUGAUCAAGCAACUAGGUGACCGACUACCCACCUGGACGCCGGAGGACCUCGCCCUGGUGCAAGGAAGCAACGACUUCUACGGGAUGAACCACUACUGUGCAAACUUCAUCCGUGCCAAGACAGGAGAGCCCGAUCCCGAUGAUAUUGCAGGAAAUCUAGAGCUGCUCCUGGAAGACAAGAACGGCGUUAGUGUCGGCCCAAUCACUCAAUCACCGUGGCUGCGACCUUCCGCCCUGGGAUUCCGCAAGCUUCUCAAGUGGUUGAGCGAGCGCUAUGGAUAUCCCAAGAUCUAUGUUACGGAAAAUGGAACCAGCGUGCUCGGUGAGAACGAUAUGCCGCUGGAACAACUUCUCAACGACGAGUUCCGCGUCCAAUAUUUCAAGGACUACAUCGGUGCUAUGGCGGAUGCGUACACAUUCGACGGAGUGAACGUUCGCGCUUACAUGGCUUGGAGUCUUCUAGACAACUUCGAGUGGGCCGAGGGUUAUGAAACCCGCUUCGGUGUGACUUAUGUUGACUAUGAGCACGACCAGAAGCGGAUUCCGAAGAAGAGUGCUAAGACCAUUAGCCAGAUCUUUGAUCGACUCAUCGAGAAGGCCUAA